AUGCUUAGCGCCAAUCUUCCUGAAGAUCUCAUGACGGAGAUCAUGGCGAGGCUACCUGUAAAAUCCUUGCUUCGAUUCAAAUGUGUAGCCAAAUCCUGGCACGCCCUAAUCACUGACCCAUCUUUUAUUAACAAACAUCUUGAACAGUCCUAUACUAUCAGCAAAAAUCGCUGCUUCAAGCUCAUGUUCCAAUCGAAUCCCUAUACGCCGCCCUCCAUUUCCAUGCUUUCUAAUAGAGAGGAACCUCGUUUAGUCCAAGACUUUGAAUUGCCUUUCUCUGAGAAAGAUUUAAAUUUGCGAUGGAUAUCAGUUUGUGGUCAAUGUGAUGGGAUUUUCUCUCUCCGUCUCUAUCUCUAUCGGUCUUCUAGAUCAAACGAUGAUGAACAGCGCCGUUUAAUUCUGUGGAAUCCUGCAACUAAAGAGGUAAAGGUUGUUCCAGCCUCUCAGCAUCAAUCCAAAAUUAAGGGAGCUUUUGAUGCUGUGUUUGGAUUUGGGUUUGAUCCCAUCACAAAGGAUUACAAGAUUGUUGGAUUUCCAAACAGGCCUCAAGAAGAACAAGAACAAUCUGCUGCAGUUGAAGUGUACAAUCUCAGCAUGAAUUCCUGGAGAACAAUAGAUGUCGUCGCCCCAAGUUUUGAAUUCUUCUCUUCUUCUUAUAUGAAUAGGUCUUAUUUGAAUGGGGCUCAUCACUGGUUAGCUAAUGAUGAUUAUAAUAUCGAUAAGCUUAUUGUGAGCUUUGAAUAUAGUAAAGAGGUUUUUGGGAUUAUCGAAUUACCUCCAGAGGCCAAUCUCUCUCGUUUUAGUAAUGUUCUCUCAAUAGUAGAUGGGAGUCUUGCUAUUUUUGCUAACUAUUUCUCCUAUGCGUUGAACGAGCAUCAUGUGGAGAUUUGGGUCAUGAACGAGUAUGGUAUUGAGAGUAGUUGGACUAAGAAGUUUAAGAUUGGAUCGUUGACUGCGAUUGAGAAUAUUUUAGGAUUCUGGGGAGAUAAUGAGAUUCUUGUUGAAUGUGCUGGUAAAUUGAUUUUGUAUAAUCCUUGGAACCAACAAGGACGGAAGUUUCAAAUCCAUUUCGGAACGACCAUGAGCCUGAUGAUGAUGGUGGAUUAUGUGGAAAGUUUACUUCCUUUGGGAGCAAGGAAAGAACCCGAACACCCAAGCGAUUCGAGGAUUGGAUUUGGGUUCGAUCCCAUCACAAAGGAUUACAAGGUUGUUCGGUUGUUAAACUGGCCUUGGGAAGAAGAGGAAGACGAAGACGAAGAAGAAGAAGAAAUUCUAGUUGAAGUGCACAAUCUUAGUACCAAUUCUUGGAGAACAAUGGGCGUUGAUAUCCCAAAUUAUGUAUUGUCUUGUCCAAGUUGGAGUUCAUGUUUGAAUGGAUUUAUCACUGGUUAG